GAUUCUUCAUUCAUUUAUUUUUUGUAUCGCCCACAAGUCCGUCCUCGACUUCUCAAAUACUCAAAUGGCUCAGAAAGUGGUGCUUAAGGUGCUCACUAUGACUGAUGACAAGACAAAGCAGAAAGCCAUUGAAGCGGCUGCUGAUAUAUAUGGAGUGGAUUCAAUUGCUGCUGAUCUCAAAGAGCAGAAACUGACAAUAAUAGGAGAGAUGGAUGCUGUUGCAGUGGUGAAAAAAUUGAAGAAAGUAGCAAAAGUUGACAUAAUCUCAGUGGGGCCAGCCAAGGAAGAGAAGAAAGAAGAGAAGAAAGAUGAAGAGAAAAAGGAAGAAAAGAAAGAGGAAGAGAAAAAGGAAGAAAAGAAAGAGGAAGAGAAGAAAGAAGAGCAGAAGUGACCAUACUUCAUCCAUUCCUUUCUGGGAACACCACACCAAUAUUUCUGUUUCAUCAACCAAAACAAUGUAAAAUAACAUUGCAAUCCGCAAAUUGAGUAGAGUAUAUGCCAACUAAAUAACAUCAUGGUUUAUCUUUGAUGCACCUGAAUAACAAGCAAAAUAAAAUAAAGAGGUUUUGAUCA